UGUAAACGUGUAGCAGAUGAUGUUUUUAGGUGAUAAUAUGGCGUCUCCCUUGAAACCUUGGGAAGCAGGUCGUCUUAAGCAAAAUGUUCAGUAUACUGAUUGGAAUUCAACCCAGGCUUCUGGAACAGCAACACAGCCACAGCUUCAGUCAUCAGCUGGAUUUCAGCGAAGGUCUGACAUAACACGUCUUACAAGUGGUGUUUCAAGAGUACCUCCUCCUAUACCUCCUCGACCAGAUCAGUCUCUAUCAGCAUAUCGUAGGUACUCUCCAGGUUUCAGUUAUUCACCUUACAGCAGUCUUUCUAGCCCAUACUAUAGUUCCAUGUACUCUGGAUACCCUGGUUAUGGCUUUCCUGGACAAUAUGGUUAUGGACCAGAUCAUCAGGGAGGGGCAGUAGGUAGCAGUUUUAUUCGUCUAGCUGAAGAGAGCUCCCGUCAGGCCUUCCAGUCAAUUGAAUCCAUUGUUCAAGCUUUUUCUUCAGUCAGUAUGAUGUUGGAGUCAACAUAUCAUGCUGUAUACAGCUCUUUCCGUGCUGUUCUUGGAGUAGCUGACCAUUUUUCAAGGCUUCGUAAUCAUCUUGCUCAGGUGCUUACUACUCUUGCUCUCUUUAGAAAACUUCUGUGGCUUUACAGAAGAUUUCUUUAUCUUUUAGGAAUACGCAAAGAACAUCCAGAUACAGAAGAAGUGUGGAGCUUUGCAUCGCAAACUGCAACUAUUGGAAUUAAUGGAGAAACUGUAACCCAGAAUAAGUCCUCCUGGCCAAUCAUAAUGUUUUUUGGUGUUGUAUUUGGUGCUCCAUGGUUGAUAUGGAAGCUUUUGUCUUCAGUUGUUGGUAUAGAAGCAGGUGUGUAUUGUAGAGAUGCAUUGUUGGAGGGCAUUCAUCUACCUGCUACCUUUCUUCCAUCAUUUAUUUUUGCGGGCAUUCCAGAGUCUUUGGAAUCAUGGAUUGAUGUUGCCUGUCUCACGUUGAUUGUGGUUAUAUUCAAGACUUCAGUGAAAUUUUCCUCCUUUUUAGAAUUACAACCAAGAACUCGUGACUGGGUUUUAGCUACUGUUGACCAUAAGAGUGCUGGACUAGUACCAGCCAAUUAUGUCAAAAUACUGGGAAAGAGGGCAGGAUUGAAGUGUCACCAAUCUUUGAAUGCCAGAUCUUUUGCUGAACCAGGACAGGGUAGCCAAAUAGAAACAGAUGUGGCAGUGACAUCCACAGAUGCUAAUAUUUCUCAGCCUAAUAUAUCAGCAUUGGCUAAUGAUUCCAAACUUGCAUCAAAAUCAGUAUCCAGCACAGUAAUAAGCAGCUCCUUACCUAAACAGUCCACAGUUGCUAGUAGUUUACCAUCUGUACCUGAAGCUUCUGGCUUUUCUCAGGUUAAUCCAAUGAUAACUACUAACACAGGGGACUCUGUCCAUUAAAGUUAGUUUCAACAUUUUUAAGUAUGGUUGUCCUACUUCCAAUAAAUCUUGUUUGAAAUAUUCCUUGUACAUUUUCUUGUAGUUAAACAUGCACUUAUGGUGUGAAAAUAAAGACAAUAUAUGCAAGUAAGUUACAAUUCUAUGCCUUUAGAAUUUAAAAUAUUCCAUCUCCAAUGAGUACUUUUGUAAUAGUUUUUUACUUUCUGUAAUAAUAGUGUUAAGUUAAUUAUUCUUAACACAAACUUUAUAUUUUGGUAAUAUCUAACUGAUGGUUUCAGGUAUGUAGAUCGAAGAGUGGGUUUAUAAUACUUGAAUU